GUGAUCAAAUCGUAACCAGUAAAAAUCGAUCAUGUCGAUGCUCGAUUCCUUCUUCAAUAAAGGUUUCAAAGCUGCAAAAUGCAAAACCUUGCUCAAGUUAACGAUCCCUAGGAUUAAGCUAAUCAGGAAUAGAAGAGAAGCUCAGAUUAAGCAAAUGCGUCGUGAAAUUGCUAAGCUUCUUGAGACUGGUCAAGAAGCUACUGCUCGAAUUCGGGUUGAGCAUAUUAUAAGGGAAGAGAAGAUGAUGGCUGCUCAAGAGAUUCUUGAGCUCUUCUGUGAACUCAUCGCUGUUCGUCUUCCGAUUAUUGAGGCACAAAGGGAAUGUCCUUUGGAUCUAAAGGAAGCGAUAUCAAGUGUAUGUUUUGCUGCGCCGAGGUGUUCUGAUUUGACAGAGCUGCAGCAGGUCCAGAUUCUAUUUGUUUCCAAGUAUGGAAAGGAAUUUGUUGCAGCUGCAUCUGAGCUUAAGCCGGAUUCUGGUGUCAAUCGUAAGUUGGUGGAGUUGCUGUCUGUGCGUGCACCUUCCCCAGAAAUUAAACUGAAACUUCUCAAGGAAAUUGCAGAAGAACAUGAACUUGAUUGGGACCCUGCUUCUACAGAAACUGAUCUCUUCAAAUCGCAUGAAGAUCUCCUUGAUGGACCAAAACAAUUUGGUGGGGGAUCUAAGCUGCCGUUACCGGAGGAACAAAAUGAAGGGACACAUGAGAAGGAGAAAUCUGAUUCUGACUCAGAGUAUGAUAUAUUGGACUUUCCCGAGGUUCCAAAUGUCUUGCUGCGACCAACUCCUGGUGCUACCCCUGUAAAUGCACCGGAUGCAGCGAAAUCUGCCAGUUAUGAACAUACCUCUCAUGACUUGCCCUUUGAUUCAGAGAAAGCAGGAGUCGAGAAAACAGCUUCUAAAAGAGAUGAUCAUCCUGCAAAAGCGAACAAAACUGUCGUGGAAGGCCAACAAUCUUCACCCAUUGUGAUGGAAUCUUUCGAAAGGAAAAAUUAUUCUCCGCCAUCCGUUGAUGCAGUAGGGCCCUUCCCUACAAAAGAGAGUGGUGCUUCGAGGGAUGCUCCAAGGAAAAUAUCCGAUGGAGAUUUGCAGGAUGUCUUAACGGCUGCUCAAGCUGCUGCUGACUCAGCGGAACGUGCAGCAGCAGCUGCCCGUUCAGCUGCAAGCCUGGCACAACUCAGAAUCAACGAGCUUACCAGGAAGACUUCUGAUCAGUCUCCAGAAAGUCCGUCUGAGAACCCUUUCCAUGCUCCCUCAAUGGGAAACCUUCAAUUUGAUCAUCAGAAUUCUUCGGGCAGCAGUAGCGGAGAUCUUACAGAGCUCCAGAAAGCAGAAACUUCGUCACUUUUCAACUCUGAGAAGAACAACCAACAGCCACAGAGACACUCUUCAAUGGAAAAACCGCAGUUUGAUCGUCAGAACUCAUCAUUUAGUAGCUAUGGCGAUCAUACGCCACAGAGAUUCCCUUCAAUGGAAAAACCGCAGUUUGAUCAUCAGAACUCAUCAGCCAGCAACUAUGACGAUCUUACACCACAGAGAUUCCUGUCAAUGGAGAAACCGCAGUUUGAUCAUCAGAACUCAUCAGCCAGCAACUAUGACGAUCUUACACCACAGAGAUUCCCGUCAUUUGAGAAACCGCAGUUUGAUCAUCAGAACUCCUCAGUCAGCAGCUAUGGUGAUCUUCCUGAUCUCCAAAGACCAGAGACUUCAUCGCUUGACAGACUCAGCCCUGACCAGGACCACCAGCAAAUGAGACUGCCUUCAAUGGAAGAUGAUCCCUAUUAUUCAUACCCUAAUCUGUUCACAUCGCAGAAGCCUGAUCGCUCUUCUGGCUCUCAUUCAUUCUCAGACAAUACAAGAUCUGCUCAUGAUUCUUGACUCUUACCUCUGCAUAUGUUAUAAUGCAAGCUUGGUGUAUUUUUCAGUGUGUUUCACUUCUGUUGUUCCUUCUCUAAGCGGAACAAAGAGCUCAAAAUGUU